GUCAGGUGUAAGUUUCCGGGGCCUUGGGGUAUAAAGCCUAGCGAGACAGGACGGAGUUCAUCAUCGCCACCAUGAAGGUCCUGGUGCUGUGUGCUCUUGCUGCUGCUGCAGCUGCCUGGCCCAACUUGGACGUACAGAACGAUGCAGCUGGAGGUGCUUCGACGGCAAAAAAGCAGCAUGAUAUAAAUUACCUGCUGUUCAAAGUUAAUGAAGUUCUGCGUGAUAGUAACCUCAAGCGACUCGGUGAGACUUUCAACCCUGAAGCCGACACAUCUCGCUAUACUGACGGUGGAGCCGCUGUCCACAAGCUUAUGACGGAGCUGAGGGACCAUAGGCUCCUGGAACAAAAACAUUGGUUCUCCCUCUUCAAUACACGACAACGUGAAGAAGCACUUAUGCUCUACGAUGUUUUGGAACAUAGCAAGGACUGGCAAACUUUCAUCAGCAAUGCCGCUUAUUUCAGAAGCCGCAUGAAUGAAGGAGAAUUUGUGUAUGCAUUGUAUGCAGCAGUAACGCACUCUUCACUCACCAAACACGUUGUACUUCCACCACUGUACGAGGUCACCCCACAUUUGUUCACAAACAGUGAAGUUAUCCAGCAAGCCUACCAAGCCAAGAUGACUCAGACACCUGGUAAAUUCCGAUCACACUUUACGGGCAGUAAAAAGAACCCAGAACAACGUGUAGCAUACUUCGGCGAAGAUAUUGGCCUGAAUACUCACCAUGUUACUUGGCACUUGGAGUUCCCAUUCUGGUGGAAUGAUGCAAAUGAAGGCCACCAUCUGGAUCGCAAGGGUGAAAACUUCUUCUGGGUACAUCACCAGCUCACUGUUCGUUUCGAUGCUGAACGUCUGUCAAACUACUUGGAUCCCGUUGAUGAACUUCACUGGGAAGAAACCAUCAAAGAAGGCUUCGCUCCUCACACAACUUACAAAUAUGGAGGUGAAUUCCCAUCUCGUCCUGAUAAUAUUCACUUUGAAGAUGUCGACGGUGUCGCACGCAUUCGAGACUUGGUCAUUCUUGAAACCCGCAUUCGUGACGCCAUUGCCCACGGAUAUGUUACUGCCAAAGAUGGAUCUACUAUUGAUAUAAGCAAUUCUCACGGAAUUGAUGUCCUUGGUGAUGUAAUUGAGUCGUCAACAUACAGUCCUAACAUCGAGUAUUACGGUUCACUCCACAACACAGCUCAUAUAGUUCUUGGUCGCCAGGGAGACCCACAUGGAAAGUACGACUUACCUCCUGGAGUACUGGAACACUUUGAAACUGCCACCCGUGACCCAGCAUUCUUCAGGCUCCAUAAAUACAUGGAUAAUAUCUUCAGGGAACAUAAGGAUAGUCUUACUCCCUACACAAAGGAAGAGUUAGAAUUUAGGGGCGUCAAAAUUGACAAUGUUGUCAUUGAUGGAACAUUAGAAACGUAUUUUGAAGAUUUUGAAUAUAGUUUGCUAACUGCUGUGGACGACACUGUCGAAAUUGAUGACGUAGAAAUCACUACACUUGUAUCACGUUUGAACCACAAGGACUUUUCCUACAAAAUUGAUGUUGUGAACAACAACGACAGAGAAAUGUUGGCAACAGUUCGCAUCUUCGCUUUGCCACACCGUGACAACAAUGGUAUUGUCUACCCAUUCAAUGAGGGACGCUGGAGAGCCAUCGAACUUGACCGGUUCUGGAAGAAACUAAGACCUGGUGUGACCCACAUCGUGCGAAAGUCCACUGAAUCGGCAGUGACUGUCCCUGAUGUGCCUAGUUUCCACACAUUGAUUCAGAAGGCUGACGCAGCUCUCUCCUCUGGCUCCCAGCUCGACCUCCAUGAGUACGAGAGUGCUCUAGGACUGCCCAACAGGUUCUUGCUCCCAAAGGGUAACUCAGAAGGUCUGGAAUUCGACCUGGUGGUAGUUGUGACCGAUGGCUCGGCUGAUGCAGCUGUAGAUAAUCUACAUAGAAUCACCGAAUUCAACCACUAUGGUUACCGCGGAGUGUAUCCUGACAACCGACCACACGGCUACCCACUGGAUCGUCGUGUUGACGAUGAGCGCAUCUUCAACGACCUUCCCAACUUCAAAAAAAUUAUUGUCAAGAUCUACAACCGUAAAUAGAACGAGAGUAUUAAAACAUUUACUCCACUAGAAAGCAAAAAAUAAUUUGGAAUUUUAUUGGAAUUUUAGUAGUAGUAAGUAAAUAAAACUCAUAUUCUGUAACUAAAGUUUCUCAGUAUUGUUGUAUUUUCUAUUUGAACUUAUUUCAAGACACCAGCUGUUAUGAAUGUUAUAUCGAAUAUUAAUAUUUGAAUCAAUAAAUGUAAAAAGAACUUUUUAA